AUGGGAUUUUUGAGUGGUGUGCUUGGUGCGGUGAAAGAUGAUGAUGCGGUUAAAACGUACGAUCAACAUCUUGCUAUGAGACUUGAAAAUGUACUUAACACUCUAAAUAAUAAAAUUGGCUCCGGGCGUACUGGGCUUGCGGAUGCUGUCGCGGAGGUGAGGGAGUGGUUGGAGGGGUAUGACGGUGAAUUGAGUGAGAAAACUAAUAAUGUAAUUAAAAACAUAAAUGAGUUAAUAAUAGAAAAAAUAAACGACAAAACCACCGACAUAAAUAAUGCUCAAUCCAGUGGUUGCGAAGCCAUUCACAAAACAUUCAAUGAUAUAGUGAAGCAGAUUACUCAUCACAUGUCGACGAUCAAAAACAAUAAUGAUGGUUACAACGGGCUCGAUGAAGCAUUAAAAAACAAGAUGGAUGGAGCAAUUGGAAAAAUGGAUGGUGCGAUUGAAGUUCUGAAAAAAUCGGCAGGAAAUGAUGUCAUCGCGAUGCAGGCCAAGAUGUUAGAUGAGGCACUGGUAGAGAAGGAGCAAGCAAUAUUAACGGCAAUUGAAAAACAAUACAAGGCGCUUAAAAUAACAUCAGAAGAUGAGUUGUGGAAAGUGAGAGAAAACAUUUUAACUUUAGAAAAUGCCAGAAACGAUGUGUUUAAGCAUCUAGACAAUGCUUUGAAAAUUGCUUCUCGAGAGUUGCUUGGUUACAACGGUAGAGACUUCGAUAACAAAUAUAAAAACAAAAUUCUAGCCAGGUUUGAAGAUAUAAAAGAUUCAGUGAAGUCGCUCCAUAAAAAUAUAUCGACAAACAGAUUGGUGCUUCACCAUUUAGUCAAUCAGGCAAGGGACAACUUUACGGGUAUAAAGGAACAAGCGGGAAAACUGGGAGACGGUAGCGAAGAAACUAUAAACGGAAAUUGGGGCCAACUCAUGAAGAACAUAAAACAACGCGUUAAGGAGCUGUAUGAUGUAGAUGAAAAUCGCACGAAAAAUGGUCAUCUGGGCGAAAUGGUCACUAAUGUAGGGGCGUAUGCGGGAACGUUUAGCGACGCAACAAAGUUUGGUAAGAAAGUUGAGAAGUGGAUUGAUGACAUAUUGAAUGGGAAUGAAGUCGUUAUGGGCUGGAUUCAGAAUUAUUUAGACAAGAACUACAACGACAACCCGAGUCAAGGUGAAAAGUAUACAAAACUUACGAAAAUCAUCGCUGCUGCUAUAACUAAUGCAAUUAAGCGCGAUGUCAUUGAAGUCGCCGUUGAAGCGUUUAAAGACACGAAGCAAGAACAAUCAGAGGCCGAUUACAUCUCUGCAAAUAUCUCCGCUGUCAAAAGUGUUAUAGAAACAUUUGUCGCGCCGCUUGGGCAGAAGAUGAAAUUAACAGGUGGCGUAUUCGAGAAAUUUGCCGAUCCCUUAGUGAAGGAAAUUGAGAGGAGACUGAUUUCGGAAGGAGCCCUAUCCAAAAAUCCCUCCGCAUACAAAUCACAUCUCCCUGAUGCGCUACUUGCUAUUCUAACUGCUCUGCAAUCCAAGGCGGAACACGUUAGCGACGAACUUACGUCGUUCACGGGCAUUGAUGCUCAGAUGUUAAGUGACGAUGACAAUCAUGAAUACAAUCUCGGCAAACACGUCAGUGAAGCUAUAAAUAAAGUCGAACUUAUUGGCAAGGAGUUUGACAACAGUAAGCAGAGCCGCGGAGAAAAGAUCGGAUCGGCGUUGGCAACUGUCGAUGACAAAAUCACAGAGCUUGACAAAUUGUUAACAAAAUCGAGCGGUGAAAUCGAUAGUACGAUUGAAUAUAUCAAAGGUGACAUUGAAUCACUUCAUAAUCUUAAGAAAGAGAAAGACGAAUUGAACAAGGAAGACGGCGAAAUAAAUAAGCAAAAGGACACGGCAGCAGCUAAAUUGGAUGAGUUGAAAGAAGCAAUGCAAAAAAAACUGAAAGCAAUAAGCCAAGCCGCCUAUCAAGCUAAUGACGCUGUAACGCACACGAUAAACCUCCUUAAGCAAGCGUUGGAUAAAGCCUACGAGCACAUCACACAAGCCAUAUUAGAACUGCAGACAAAGUUGACUCAAAAUACACGUGACGGCUUCAACGAUGUCACCAAACAGGUUAGGCUAUCGUUUGCUACCUCCAAAAUUGCAGGUCUAGAUGCUCUUAAAAAAUUGGCUCUUGAGCAGAAAAAUGUUAUCGAUAAAAUUAUUCAAUCAGACAUGAAGACAGGGUUAAAAGAAUUAAUGAAUAGGUUGAAAGGCAAUGCGCAAAGUACUUUGGAGGAAAUUAAAGAGAACUUGCCACCUGAAAAUCAGCAUACCGUGCAGCAUAUGAGUUCUCUUUUCGAUAAAUUGCAAAUAUAUUUGGAUAAUAUAUUAAUGUUUAUAACGUAUCAGCUUAUAGGUGCAAAUAAGCCCAACGAUCAGUCCAAGCAGGUCGACGACAUUAAAAGCGCGGUGGACGAUAUGCUUGUUUAUCUAAAGACAGAAGUUAAGGCACCUAGAACUUACACCUUCGACUAUACUUUCAAAACAAAACUCACUAAUCUUCACGCUUCCUUGUCUCAUCUGACCCAUACUCAAAACAACAAUCCUCGUCACCCAGAACUACUUGAUGCCUUACGUGCGGGUCUUACUGAUUUCUCAUGGGAACUAGGAAAGGCAUACGUGAACAAGUAUGACGGGCACGAAGAUAUAUUAUUAUAUAACGCAAAAUCACAAAAGGUGACGGAUGAAGGAAAAGCUUGCGCGAAAGUGUUAUUUACCGUAUUUGAAAUAUUGGAACAUGACUUGAGCGAGUUGACGAAAAGGUGUAAAGAAGGCGGUGGAUGGGCUUACUAUAAAAUCAAUCUGAAGACGGUCAACAGAAACGGUGUUGCGUACAAAUCGGGAGUAAAGCCGGAACAAGUUGUCAAUGGACUUGGUGCCUUCCUCCAGCAAUGUGACUACCGCCUCACCGAUGAUCCCCAAAAGCAAAACGGCGACCUAGAUAAGAACAAGACCGGUCAAAAGAUUUUUGAUGAUUUGCUCAAUGUACCGAUUAAUGGCGCAAACAGCAACGGCCAUCUCAAAAGGUGUUACGAGGGUGAUGAGAAGGAAGAGUUAACGAAGAAAACAACUAAAAACGCAUUUAACCUAUCUGACGUACUUGAAUGUCUCAUGAAACAUCUCCAUCAAUAUUAUCGUGCUUGUCAUCUUGGCACUACCUCCGCCAAAACGCAACCGUCAUCCGUGCACAAGAUGCUGGUAUGGCUGGCCGGCUUUCCUUACUCCCCUCGCUACCAAGAUUUCCACCUCAACGGGUUUGAUGACCUGUUUGAGAAACCAAAGGACAAAACCAAGGAGAGUGAUACGGGUGUGAUUACGCUGGAAAUCACGGAUGGAAGUGAUGGAAUCAGUCUACCCGUUCAAGUCGGUGACGAGAACUGUUUGGACGCAUACCCCAAACCUGUCAAGGCUUCGGAAAUGGCAGAUGAUCUUUCCGCUGUCUGCACCCACGCUCACUCCGUGCUCACCGCUAUCCUUGGUCAUGGUCACGAAAACAGUGUCUACGCUUGCGACUACAAUACCAACCAUUAUGGGCUACAUUACCCGAGUGACAACGGGGCGUGCUUGGACAUGCUAGCUGAUAUCUUGAAUCGUUUGUUCCACCAAUUGCGCUUCGUAUACGGUCAGUGCAUCAACGGCCCCGGUAGUAGCGGAUGGGCAGACUGCUGGUACGGCAAGGAAAUUGGUGGAUCGGCGUGGAGCUGCAAUACCAAGCAGUGCCCUAACCAAAUCGGUGAUCAACCAUGCAAGCAAAUGGCCAACCAAAAGGCUGACCAAGGUGCUGAACAAAAGUGUGAUAGGCAUCCUACCUGUGGCCUUAAAUCGCCUUUGCAAUCAUUCCUCGAGGAUGGCUUGCAAGGUUUCCUCCCUCACCAAUUUACAAAGCCAGGUUGUAAACUAGAAUGCACUGUCACUAAACAUAGAGGUAUCCCGUGCAAAACGCCAAUGGGAUUCGCUGAUAUUUCAAGCAUGGCGUCGCAUACCCAGCAAGGUUCUCAUCUCAAAGACAUUCUCAAAGAGCUGUGCGGCGAUUCCAAUAAGCCACUCAGUCAGCUGUGUGGUAUGCUCAACUGCCUAAUGCGCCGGACUCCGCAGACGCUGGGUGACAUGUUCGCGUUUUACCAUCAAUUCCUGUACAACUGGGAUAAAGCCGGUCAGGUACAUAAGAAGAAUGCGUUUGAGGCAGCCGUCAGCGACGCCAACUUCGGAGAUAUGGACACAACGUUGGACGUCAUACAUUUGCAGAACACCAAGAAGCACGACAGUCAUGCGCCCGGCAAACUGCCUAAACUUAAGGGUGAUAUGUUCAGCCUUACGUCUUGUGAUAAUGGCACAAAUCCAGGCCUACCGUGCGGACCAUACUUACAAUCCAUCAGUGACGACAUCACGAUGGUCUUCUCUAAGAAGCACGCCGGUGACUAUGUAUCAUGGUUUGUGUAUAUCACCGAAACCUUCUAUGACCUACUCAAAAAGCUGUAUGAUGAUUGUUGUAACAAGUGCAACAAGAAGGGGCGUCGAUGCUACGACAAGGGCUGUAACAAAGAUUGUCAAGUGAGAUUCAAAUAUGAAUAUAAGAAACCCGUCGACCGAGAGAUACCGGACGCCUUAAGUAAUAUCAAACAUAGAACUACGUGCAAUUCCAUCGUACAGUGCCGCAGUACUCAUGCGCUUAUAUAUGCUUCAGGUUUCACAUUUGGUAGUCCACAUGCUCUAAGCGGUCAGAAAGACAAAAUGUAUAAGCGUACUUGUGAAGACUUCUGCACAGCAUUGGGCAGAGUAAUAAGCGAUGUCGAAGCACAUGACGCACCUCUCGCUAAACUAAUCUACGUCACAAUCCCUAACUUCCUAUUCACCAUCCGCGCACCGUUCCUGUGGAUGAACGUCGCUCUCUGGCUCCUCUCCUUCCUCUACCUCAUCCACAUCAUGGUCAUCCGCCUCGACCUGCUCCACAUCAAAUCGCAUUUACAUAGUCCCUCAUCACAUCGCAUCGCUGCUCAAUCACUGCUCGCCGCUGCACGCGUUGGCAAGCUCAGCAAAGUGUUUUAUCUGCAACCAUAA